AUGAAAUCAAUGUGUAGACAUCGCACACUACCAAAGAUUAAAGAACCCGUCGUGAAGAGUGGAUUUCUAUUAAAGAAGGGAAAGCGCUCGCCUGGCUAUUCCAAACGAGUCGUGGUUCUACUCCAGGAUAGAAUCGUGGUCUAUGCAAAUUUGGGAGAUCCAGUCGCGAUGGCGUGCAUCAAUCUGAACGGAGCAGAGAUCCAAGCCGAUAAGCAGGUUAAGAAGCGCUUCAAUGUUUUGUGUCCCAACGAAAAGUGCAAGUUCUGCUUCGAGUGCGUUAUGGAUAUGGAUUACACAGGCUGGUUCGCGGCUAUCCAGGCAAACAUCGACGUAUUUCCUCGAAGAAGGCGAAGAUUUCAAGAGCAUCGACGAAGACGACUAUCUGAGUCCCGGCGAGAUCAUCACUCCGGACACUCGUCGUCCAAAAGACCUCAAAAUGCACCACACCGCCGCCGUCUCCGCUCUGCGCGCGAAGCUGAAGCCGCGUCUGCUAAACGCUGUGAAGGGCGACAACUCGCAGACGCUGUCGCUGGACAUCUGGGCCGGCACGUGGAACAUGGGCGAGUGCGACCCUCCCUACAACCUGGAGGAGUGGGUGCCCAACUCGUUCGACCUUAUCGCGGUGGGGGUGGAGGAAUGCAUGAGUAUCCACAAGGAUUGGUCUGCAUUGCAGAACUCCCCGAGCUCGAAAUGCGCGCCUCCGGCGUCAUCGGCAGCGAUUUCCACGCCGUCCAGGAGAAGGUCGGCAGCACGCGCAAGGAGGUCGGUUUCCACGGUUAUAUCGCGGUGAUCGUAGCCUCGGUUUCCCCGUUUCACGCGCAGCUGUUCAUUCGGAUCGACUUGAUUCAGUCGGGACUGGUCCCCAUGGCGGAAAUCGCCACGAAAAACGUCGCUCUGGGGAAGAACCUGGUGGUGACGCGCGCGAGCAACAAGGGAGGCGUCCGCGUGCGCUGCCCGCUGGAUCUGACGGCGUGGGAGGGCGUUCCGGACCUGCACACGCAGGUUGAUUUCAUCUGCUGCCACUUGGCGUCGGAUCAGCACGGCGAAUCGAAGCUGGCGAAGCGAAACAAGAACGCCGUGUAG